GAGUUCCACAAUAAUGUUUGCUUAUGAAACCUUUUUUCGUGUGGCUCUGAUCUCUUUUCGAUUGCUUUUUAUAAAAAGUUUUUUGAUAGGAAGGAUUUUUCUUUGAAUGGAGUGCUAUGCAGUAUGAAUACGGUCAAUGGUAGAAUGAGAUUUUUCAAUAAGAGAAAAAAUUAACACACUAAAUAACGAAGGAUUCAAUAAAGAGGGCUAUCCGAACCCCUAAUGGUAAGGUGUUCUCCACCACUGAAUAGGCAUAGUCAGCUUUGAUGUGGAUAUCCAACCCGGCUGAAAAAUCAAAAUAAAAAUAUCUCAUCUUCCACGAGUAGUACUAUUUAUACGUAUUAUAUGCCCUUUGAUGAUAUUUGUGUGAUUGUGUCUGUCCAUAUUGAUCAGACUUGUUAUUUAUAAGAAUCCCAAUUCCGAAACUCUCCAAUGUUAUCAUCCAUUUACGUCGUCGUCGUAGCCUUUUUUUCAUUUCUCAUCGGUCUUCUCUUCUACUUCAUCCACUUCCGAUGGACUCCAUCGGCACUGGAAAAACUUCACCGGAAACUUCCACCAGGUCCACGAGGUCUUCCGAUAAUCGGCAAUCUCCACAUAUUAGGUUCCCUCCCUCACCGUACCUUCUACAACCUCUCCAAAACCUACGGUCCAUUAAUGUUCCUAAAACUCGGCAACAUUCCAACUGUGAUAAUUUCAUCGCCGGAGACCGCCGAGCUCAUAUUGAAAACUCACGACGCAAUUUUCGCAAGCCGGCCAAAGCUGAAGGCGAUAAAUUACAUGGUUGACGGUACUAAGGGUUUAGCGUUUGCACCUUCCGGUCCACGGUGGCGCAAUAAUCGGAAGUUUUGUACUCAAGAGCUGCUCACGGCGGAGAAAAUCGGGUAUUCUGCCGGGAUGAGGAAGGAGGAAAUUGGGGUUUUGGUGGAGAAGGUGAAGGGAUUUGGGGGUGAAUUGGUGGUUGUGGAUUUGGGGGAGAGGAUUGGGGAUUUGAUUGGGAAUAUGACUUAUAGAAUGUUAUUUGGAGAAGGGAAUAGUGAGAGAUUUGAUUUGAAGAAUAUUGUCAAGGAGAUGGUGAGAUUGAGUGGAACUUUUAAUGUUGCUGAUUAUGUGCCUUUUCUUGAGCCAUUUGAUAUCCAGGGCUUGAAUAAGCAGUUGAAGGAAACAGGAAAGCGUGUUCAAGAAAUAUUUGAUACCAUAAUCAAUGAGCAUGAACAAGAUGCUAAUAACUACACUCACAAGAGCAAGAACAAGGAUCUUGUCGAUAUCAUGUUGUCAUAUCAAGAUAAUCCCAACUCAUCUUACUCGAUUGAUCGUGCAACCAUGAAAGCUAUCCUUUCUGACAUGAUUGUUGGAGCCAUCGAUACUUCACACACUUGGAUAGAAUGGGUGUUUGCAGAAAUCAUCAAGCAUCCAACAGUAAUGAACAAACUCCAAGACGAGUUGACAUCUAUUGUAGGACUUGAUAGAAUGGUUGAGGAAGAUGAUUUACCUAAGUUGGAAUACUUGGAACUAGUGCUCAAGGAAACGUUCAGGUUACAUCCUGUAGCGCCUCUUUUAGUUCCUCGAGAAUCAAUAGAAGAUGUUGUGAUAAAUGAAUGUUACAUACCAAAAGGAUCACGGGUUAUGAUAAAUUGUUGGGCGUUAGGACAUGAUCCUAAGAUAUGGUCGGAUAACGUUGAGAAAUUUAUUCCUGAGAGGUUUAUUGGCAAGAACAUCAAUCUUCGUGGACAUGAUUUUCAUUUACUACCAUUUGGAUAUGGGAGAAGAAGUUGUCCAGGAAUAAAUCUGGGGUUGAUUACUGUCAAGUUGAUAGUUGCACAAUUAGUACAUUGCUUCAAUUGGGAUUUGCCUGAUGGCAUAUUACCUGAUGAUUUGGACAUGACUGAAAAGUUUGGUUUGGCAGCUCCAAGAGCUCAAAAUUUGCUUGUUAUUCCUACUUACCGUCUACUCUGUUAAAACGUUAUGCAUCCUAUUUUGUUCUGUUUAAAAUAUAUUUCUAUCCUAGUCGCAAAUUUGUCCAGUAGGAUGCGUCCUACUUUGUUCAAUCCACAUUUUGUGUCUAA